GACAGUCUCUCAAUCUGUUCUAGUUCUGUUUUCCAUAUUCUAGAACACCUUAUUUCAACGUUUGAUCGCGGGAGAUGCACCCGCGUUCGGCACUUGGCUCGGCUCCGCCACGGUACGGCAAGCCGGUUUCUCGUACCGGAGGCGAUGCUUCGCCUUAACAGGAAAGUACUAGUACAAGCAGACAUCUUUUUAACAAAAGUAAUGUUAUGUUCGCACACUCCGGUCCAGUUGACAGUGAAAGACGAUGGUUCCCUAUGAAAGGUCCAGAAGCUCCAAGCUUCUUAGGACACUACACCCAUCAUCACUAUGCUCCCGUCUUGAACUAGACAUCCGGUCCUUUUCAAUAAUGCUAAAAGGCGCCCUACCACCAGCAAUUGUAAUCGCCAUCAACCAAAGCGACGCCAUCGCAGACAUAACCCUCACAAUUGGCUACAUCUCAGCCUUGAUAUCAGUCCUAUCGCAGGGUCUGUUACCACGAGCCAAGUUUAUGAAGAUUAUGCUUUUUAAUCUCUUGGCUACUUGUGUAUCGGCGUCGUUGUGCUGUUUGGCUGUUUUUUGCGCAGUGAAGGCGAGGCAGAAUAGUACACCUGUGGAUGCGUCUGAAGGUGUGAAGGAUGGAUAUAAUAGUGAUUCUUGUGCCGUUUCUGCAAUUUGGCUUAUUUUUAUGAUUUGGGGCGCCAAUACGCUGCGAGCAUGGAAACCUAUGGAAUUGCAGGACCCGAUGGUUGCAUUUUCCAUUUUCUCAUGUGUUACGAUAACUCGAGGAGGAACGUUUAUUACAGUCGACGAAGGGUUAUCAUUCAUUACUCGACUACUGAAAGGGUUCAUGCUUGGUUUUGCCAUUGCGACUGGCGUGUCCCUAUUUAUCCUCCCAAUUACCAGCAGAGGACAUGUCUCCCAGGAUAUCAGAGGCUACGUCUCUCAAAUUGAUGCCGUACUGCAGGCGCAGCUGUCCUUUGUCAAGCGAAGUUCGACAUCAGGUGUGUGGACAGGUGAUCAGGGUCUCUUGGAGCGGACACGAACCGCGCAAAGCGGGAUAUCAGGUAACGGAGGCACUGAACCUAAUGGCGAGUCAAGCCUGGACUCAAAAAGGCAGAAGCUUGGCGCUGCAAUAGGAAAGCUAAAUGCUUUACACGGCAAAUUACAGUCUGAUCUUUUUUAUUCGAAAGAUGAGUUUGCAUGGGGGAAGCUGUCAGCAGGCGACCUUACCAAAAUUGGUGAUCUACUACGGAGUGUUAUGCUGCCUUUGUCUGGAAUGGCCAUGCUUCCGGAUAUCUUGGACAUGACCGUCAACGGCGAAAGGACACGAGGCAACUCGAUAGGAAGCGUCGAUGAUUCAGAAGAAGACAAUGUGAAACGCUCGGAGAUAAGGAAGGUUGUGGAAACGCUUGAAGAGCGCCUUGGAAGUUGCACGGACUUGAUGCGCUCUGGGCUACAAUAUGUGCUUGUCACGCUCAAUCUAGUCAAACGCAGACAACUGGAAAAGCAACUCAAGGCACGAAACAAUAACUCAAGUGUUCAUGAUGAAGAGUCUAAGGGUGGCAUUCUUGAUCCGCUCCAGGAAGACUUUACAUCCCAAUUCGAACAGGCUUUAUAUCGAUAUCACGCGCAGCGCAAGGAGCUACCAGAAGCGCUCGCAUAUCUAGAAGCCUUCUCGUCGCCGGAAAAACAUGACGGAAAUUCAACAAAAUCUACUUCAGAAAUGCUCGCAGACCCAGAUGUCAGGCAAGAGUUCUUCCUCAUUGUAUACAUGGACCAUCUACAGCAUGACCUUCUACAUGCAACUCUCGACUUGAUCAAAUUUGCAGAUAUCAAGGUUUCAGACGGCACAAUGAAACGAAGCAGACUCAUAUUCCCAAAGCAGGGCUCGAUUUGGAACUGGAUGACAUCAAGCUUCACCAAACAGCCACCCCGUCGACAAUCUACCAUAUCCGACUUAUCAACAUACCAAGACCCCACCCCAGAACCCUUUCCAGACUCCGAAACUCUCCCCCCAUCAAACGUUUUCGAAAAAGCAAGCAGCAUCCUCCGCCAAAUAUCCCGCCUCAUACGAUCCGAGAAAAGCAUGUUCGGUUUCCGCGUAGCAGCUGCUGCAUUCUGCGUGGGCAUCGUGGCCUAUCUGUAUCAAACGCAGGAAUUCUUCAUCCGCCAGCGUGGCAUAUGGGCUAUGAUUGUUAUUGUGAUUGGAAUGAGUCCGACAAGUGGCCAGACGAUGUUUGGGUUCGUGGCUCGUAUCGCUGCUACAGUUGUCUCGCUUGCGCUGAGCUUGAUUGUGUGGUAUAUUGUUGAUGGAAGGACGCCUGGUGUUAUUGUUUUUCUGUACCUUGCUAAUGUCUUUGAGUACUAUUUCUACCUCAAAACCCCCCAAUACUUCGGCGCCGCCAUGAUAGCAAUCGUAACCUUAAACGUAAUCGUCGGCUACGAGCUUCAAGUUCGCAAACUGGGCCUUGAAACAGCCACCUCAAACGGCCAACCCUACUACCCUAUUUACCUCUUCGGUCCGUAUAAACUUGCGACUGUGGCUAUUGGUUGCGGGAUCUCCUUCUUCUGGGUUGUCUUUCCGUAUCCGAUUACGGCGAAGUCGAGGUUGAGGAAGAUGCUUGGUAGGGGAUUAUUUGUGCUGGCAGAGUUUUAUAGUGCCAUGCAUGCUACUGUUGAAGUUUGGUUGGGUGAGGUUGACACCACUGGUACUGCUGAAAAUAGCACCAUUGCGAUACAGGAAGGGAAUAGAUCUCAUGAGAAACUGGCAAAGCACAGACAGACACUGUUUAAGGAGGAAAUGGCCUUACUCAAUGCCCUCCAUGCGCAUAGCCACUUCACAGCCUUCGAACCGCCCAUUGGGGGCAAAUUCCCCAAACAAACCUACGACGCUCUAAUAUCGGAGACACAGCGCAUGCUAACAGCUAUGGCACUCAUGGCGCAUACAACACAGAAACUGUCCAUCCAACACCCCAAACACCAAAACCAACAACACCAACGAAACGAAACACCCUGGUCCACACACCUCGCCCAUAUAGCCCAAACCUCACCAACAUUCAACUCGCACGCCCCAACUUCCCUGCUGUGCCACCUCUCCGCCUCUCUAACAAACGCGCAGCCUUUACCUCCCUUCCUCGCAGCGGGUGUUUCCUUUCCACUUGCUAGGGAAAUAAAGAAAAUUGAUGGUGAGUUGUUGAGUAUUCGGUAUAUUGAGGAUGCAGGGUUUUCGGCGUUUGUGGCGCUCGAGGUGCUGAGGAGUAUUGUGGGGGUUAGUUUACAGGAACUUUUGAGUAAUGUGAGGAGGUUGGUUGGGGAGAUUACGUUUGACUUUGGGGAGGAUGUGGAUGGAGAUCAAGAACGGGGUAGGUUGAUGUCUUUGGCGGAUCGGGAUUAAGGGGACCACGGAGUAUGUAGACAGAGAAGAGAUGUAAAUAUAAUCAUGGUAUAUCAUUCAAUAUUUUAGUCGUUGCGUCACGUUAUCGACAAGGA